AUGACUUCCCAUACCGACUCCGACCUCCCCCCGCCCGUCGACCUCAGCCAUCACUUCUCCUCCAUCACCAAGCGCCGCGCCCCCAGCGAAAUCAAAGAUGCUUACAAAUUCUUUUCCAUCCCGGGCAUUUUGAACAUCGCUGGCGGUCUCCCCAACCCCUCCUACUUCCCCUUCGACACCCUGGAAGCCCAGGCCGCGAAGCCCACCCGCUUUACUCCUCCUUCUUCCUCAAAUUCUUCCCCUGUACAUAUCACGCUGCCGACGUCAGCCCCUCCGAAGGACGGAGACCCGACUAAGCGGAUCGAUGUCUCCACCGCCCUUCAGUACGGUACUCCCGAAGGUUACCCCCCUCUACUAGGUUGGAUCCGAGAUUUUACUCGCAAGCACCUACAUCCCUCCGCGCCCUACCAAGGUGGGCCGGAUGUGAUUCUGACGUGUGGUUCCACCGACGGGUUCGCUAAGGUCCUUUCCCUCUUGAUCGACCCCUGGACGGAGGGUAAAGAUGAUUAUAGGGACAGGCCGGGACUGUUGGUGGAAGAAUUUACCUAUGGCAACGUGCUUGCACAAGCCCGUCCGUUGGGAGUUAACAUCGUUCCUGUCAAAGCAGAUCAACAAGGGUUGGUGGCGUACGGGGAAGGGGGGUUGGAGAGUGUCUUGGGAGGUUGGGAUGCCAGCAAGGGGAGAAGGCCGAAUGUGCUUUACACCGUGUCAUUGGGGGGGAAUCCGACGGGGACGGUUGUGGGGAUGGAGAGGAGGAAGGAGGUGUAUGAGGUUUGCAGGAGGUGGGACGUGGUUGUUGUGGAGGAUGAGCCUUACUGGUUUUUGCAGUUUCCCAAUGCCCAGAAGGAACAGGCUAGAGGGAGGGGGUUGGCUGUGCCAAAGGGGGCAGAAGAGAAUGUUUCUAAAAAGCCGUCGUCGGGGGAUUGGUUCUUGGAGUCGCUGACGCCGAGCUACAUGUCAAUCGACACGGAUGGGAGGGUGAUCAGGUUGGACACCUUCUCCAAAACUGUCGCUCCAGGCUGCCGUCUAGGUUGGGUCACGGCUCAACCAGCUAUCAUUGAACGGCUACAGCGCAUUACCGAGGCAACGACGCAACAGCCGUCGGGGUUUGUGCAGGGUCUGGUAGCGGAGCUCUUGAUCGGGCAGCAGGGUAACAAACAGCAGUCGUCCAAACCAGGCUGGUUCUGGGCCAGCAGCAGGAGGAAUGCAAGUGAUGAGAAAGCUUGGGACUUCUCAGGCUUCAUCCACUGGCUCUCCGGCCUGCGCGAGGCGUACGAAUCGCGCAUGUUGCGUAUGUGUCGGGCGCUGGACCGAGACAACUAUCUGCUCAACACCUCCCCUGGGCCCUCUCCCUCCGCCACAGUCCAAGUCCCCUCCCCUGACGAUGACUUCCUCCUCGUCACCAAAUCCCCCCUCUACACAUUUACCUAUCCCGCUGGAGGCAUGUUCAUCUGGCUUCGCCUCAACUUCCCCACCCAUCCCUUAUACUCCAUCCCCCCUCCCCCGCGUACUCUUCCCCCCGAUCUAACCCCCCACCAACUCCUCUCCUCGGCGCUAAUGAUCUACCUCACGCGGAAGCCCUACCGUGUCCUGGCCGCACCAGGGAGCAUGUUUGCUGCGACAGAAGAGAUACGGAGGGAGGAAGGUUGGAAGUGGUUUAGGCUGUGUUUUGCGGCUGUUGAUGAGGACAAGGUGGAGGAGGCGGGGAGACGGUUUGCGGAGGGGGUGAGGGGGUUUUGGAGGGUGCGAGAUUGGAAGAUUGUUAAGAAACUGGUGACGGAGGGGGCUGAUGGGGAUAGUGUUGAUGGGGAGCAGGUUUGGAAUAUAGGGGCAUUUGGGAUGGGGUGUUGA